AUGGAGCAGGCAAGUUCCAUUAUUGUGGUGGGUGCUGGCAUCUUCGGCCUCAGCACCGCCCUCCAUCUUGCCCGCCGUGGGUACUCCGUGACCGUUUUCGACCGGCAGCCUUACGACGAAUCAAGAUACUCCUACUUCCAGGGUGCUGAUGCUGCCUCUGCGGACAUCAACAAAAUCAUUCGUUCGGCCUAUGGCGGACAGGCGGAGUACCAAGAGCUGUCCACCGAGGCGAUCACCACCUGGCACGAGUGGAAUGCCGAACUCGCCAGCGGCCAAACGGUGCCUCCGGGCAUGAGCAGCAGAGACCAGGUUUUCGUCCCCAAUGGAAAUAUAUCUUUGUCUUCAGAUACUGAGCUUCCCACCUGGGAACUUGCCUGUAUUGAGGGAAUGGAGAAGGCUGGACACCACAACACCCAGUUGGCAACCACAAACCCAUAUCACUGCGAUCUCGCCGCCGAUCGCGCGUUAUCAUCACACAUGGACCCCUUUCAGCAAAGAAGUCGUGGGAAGCAACCAGUGGGAGUGCUUGAUACGACCGGGGGAAUGGCUAUUGCCGACAAGGCCUGUCGCUUCGCGCUGCACAAGGCCCGGGCAGUCGGUGCGAGAUUUGUCUUCGGAUCCAAGGCUGGCUGCCUGCAGUCCCUUUGCUACGAGGGUCGGAAGGUGACCGGUAUUAUCACCCGUGAUGGACAUAUGCACAAUGCAUCUAUGACUAUCCUAGCGUGCGGUGCCGUGACUCCCGUGCUGCUACCGGAAUUGGAUGGACUCUGUGAAGCUACAGCAGGUAGCGUGAUGUUGAUCAAGAUACCGACAAAGUCGCAACUAUGGGAACGUCUAGGACCCGAGAAUUUCCCGACCUUCACAUUCAAUGUCCGCGCGGGAAGCGCUGGGGGUCUGUACGGGUUCCCGCGCAAUGAGGAUGGCUACUUCAAGAUUGGGUAUCGUGGUACUAAAUACACCAACCCCAUACGGCAUCGUGACGGAAAAGAGCGAAGCACUCCCGUGACACGUUGGUCUAAGGCGGAGCGCGACGGCAUGCCGAUUGGGACCCAUUUGACGGAUUUCCCACGGCAAGCGUUUCGGGUCAUCCAGUCUUUCCUCGAUGAAUAUCUACCUGAGUUACAGAAAGAAGGUACCCAGGCCACCACUACACGAAUCUGCUGGUAUACGGACACUUUUGACAACCACUUCCUUAUCGAUCGUGUCCCGGGCAAAGAAGGUUUGAUGGUUGCCACUGGAGGUAGUGGCCACGCAUUCAAGUACCUGCCUAACAUCGGCAAUUGGGUAGUGGAUAUCAUGGAAAAUUCGAAGAUGGAUCGGCCAGCGGUCCAAGCCUGGAGAUGGAGAACCCUCGGCAAAGAGCAGCCAGUCAACCAUCUCAUGCAGGGCUCACAUGGACCGCGAGCCCUUGGAAACAUUGCAGUACACAAAGAGUCGGAAUUGAAGCAGGCGUCGGUGACAAGACUAUGA